AUGGAGAAGCUUGACGGCAUCGCAGAGAAAUCUGACAGUGGACCCAACAAUGCUGAAUCGGCGAACACCACCUUUUCGUUUGAGAUGCUCGACAUAAUCAUCACGGGCGGUAGCACUAAUAGGUCAAAGUCGCAGGGGGAGCGGACGAAACAUGUGGCAAAGAAUACGACUGAGAAGAGGUCCUUCUGUCCAUCCGGGGAGUGCGUAAGGAAUUCAGGGGAAACAGAGCAAACAGGGCAAACAGAACGAACAAAACGAACAGAGCCAGAAAUAUAUCGCCUUAAGCAGUGCACCAGCAGUGAUGAAGAUGCAGCUGAAUUGAGGGAGGGGCUCCAUAAUUUGGGGGAAAAGGGGAAAGAAAGAAAAAUGGUCUAUAGUAUGAAUGCAGAAGAAGGAAUAAAGGGAAGUCCGGAGUUCUCCCUUCUAGAUAACUUGUUGCCUGUCGAGGGAAUCCCUUGUUUGGCUUCAUCUAAAGGGGACAUGCCAUUUAUAGGCGAUCAGAUGAGAUGCCUAAGUAGUGGCAGUAGUAGUAGGGAGAAACAUUACCACACAGAUGAGAAAGGAGACAAGCGUAAUGAUACGGGUAGACGGCGUGGAAGGCAUGUGGACGAACAGGACGUGGAUGAGGAAGUAGCGAGAAUAGAGCAGGCAGAUGAAGAAGUGAUCCUCUCUAGAAGCAUCCAUUGCACCAACUGCAAAUACUACUUAAAAGAAUUAACGACCAGGAACUACAUGAACUUCUCCCACAUGGAUCAAUAUAUUAGGGAGGGAGAGGGGAACCUACUUUUAUUGAAAAAUAAAAAGAUUGAAGAAUUAGAAAGUAGGAACAAAUUAAUGAAGCGCAAAAUAGGGGAGUUGGAAAAAGAGAACAAUAUGCUCAGGAGAAAACUCGGAAUACUCGCCGGUAGCGUAGGAGAUUUAAGGGACCACAUUGACAGAGUAGUGGAGAAGAACAAAGUGCUGAGGAAGGUGAAUAAGCGGCUGCGCGUGGAUCACCAGAAGGGGAAAUCGUCUAAGGAGGAAGUGGGAAGGGUGAAUAAGGAAAGCACGAAUAGAAGAAAUUCAUCUUCUUCAUGCCAUGGAGGACAGGAACCUCUGGAAGAAAUUUUCGAGAACUCAAUCGAUAAUGAAUUAUUUGAGGAACUUCAUUAA